AACACAUUGGUGUGCCUCGCCGUUGUAUUAACCUAAUGGGCAGAGACGAUGACAAGCGAAAACAGUUGUCCGCGUGAAUUAAUUGCCGAGGGAGGGGAGGCAGGCAAAGUAAAAUUUCUCGAGUGUUAAAGCGGUCCGACUGGUCUUCAACUACACGCUCCGCAUACAGCAGAAACCGUGGAGAGACUCGGCAUCGUCAGCUGCAACCGAACAGAGGGAUGCGAGGACUUGAGAGGAGAUAAAUACUACAUAUUCGUAUUUUUUGCCUCGUCAGUAUGAGGUAUAUGUAAACUUAGCGAAGACUCUUGAUAUCGGAUGAAAUCUCGUCUGUCAUCCAUCCCACUGUUGUCAGAGGCCUCUGCUGGCAAACUGCGUCACCGAGUGGGCGCUGCAGGUACUCAUCUUUAAAUCUGCAUAUUGGGAGCCAUGGCACGAAUGACCUGGAAACCAAAGUGACUGAACUUUUAAACCACCAUGGAGCCGGAGGCUAAUUCAAACUCCGAGGCCCACACAGGACUAAAAUACCCAUCUGUACCCAACUCUCAGUGCAACCUGGCCAUGAAUAUGUAUGAGGCCAUGGGUGAUGGAAAUGUCAAUCAUGUGGACUCAGUAGUGAGAGGUGGGAGUGACCCCAGUGCAUACCCUUCCUCCAGUUAUCAGAGGAAUGUGCAUCAGAGAUUCAUCAGGAGAAGCCUAUGGUUCUCGGAUGCAGAUGAGCAGGCCUUUGAAGCACCUGAGUGCGAUAACAGGAAUAAGAUCCUAAACAUAAACCUGCGAACAAUAGUGGACAGGACACGGGGGACUAGUUGUGGGAUACAGGAAGGGUCCAGCACUGAAAGUCAAGGUGGGCAAAAAGACAGUGCAACAGAGAGCGCCAGUGCCGAUGAGGAGAAGGAGAAAGGAGGUGGAGAUGCAGUGAAUCUUACAUGCAGUGAUGCUGGGAAAGCCGCAAUCAAGGCAGCCAGUGAGGAGAACGAGGAGGAGGCAGAGAUGAAAGCUGUCUCCACAUCUCCGGGAGGAAGAUUCCUCAAAUUUGACAUAGAGCUGGGGAGAGGAUCCUUCAAGACGGUCUACAAGGGCCUGGAUACUGAGACCUGGGUGGAAGUUGCGUGGUGUGAACUGCAGGAUCGCAAGCUGUCAAAAGUGGAACGUCAGCGCUUUAAGGAGGAGGCAGAGAUGCUGAAGGGUCUUCAGCAUCCCAACAUUGUCCGUUUCUAUGACUUUUGGGAGUCGUCCCUUAAAGGGAAGAAGUGCAUAGUUCUAGUGACAGAACUCAUGACGUCAGGAACGCUAAAAACCUAUCUAAAGCGUUUCAAAGUAAUGAAGCCAAAGGUGCUGCGGAGCUGGUGCAGACAGAUCCUGAAAGGCCUUCACUUUCUCCAUACCAGGACCCCCCCCAUCAUCCACAGGGACCUCAAAUGUGACAACAUCUUUAUCACAGGACCCACAGGCUCAGUCAAAAUAGGGGAUUUAGGACUGGCGACACUCAAGGCAGCUUCCUUUGCCAAGAGCGUCAUAGGCACCCCAGAGUUCAUGGCUCCAGAGAUGUAUGAGGAACAUUAUGAUGAGGCUGUGGAUGUCUACGCCUUUGGCAUGUGUAUGCUAGAGAUGGCCACCUCAGAAUACCCCUACUCCGAGUGUCAGAAUGCUGCUCAGAUAUACCGCAAAGUCACUAGUGGAGUGAAGCCAGCCAGCUACAACAAGGUCAUGGAUCCUGAAAUCAAGGAGAUUAUUGGGGAGUGUAUCUGCCAAAAGAAAGAGGAGCGGUACACCAUCAAGGAUCUGUUGAACCAUGCUUUCUUUGCUGAGGACACAGGCGUCAGGGUGGAGUUAGCUGAAGAGGAUGAUGGGAAAAAGGACUCCAUAGCCCUGAAACUGUGGGUGGAAGAUCACAAGAAGUUAAAAGGGAAGUACAAGGAGAGUGGAGCCAUCGAGUUCACGUUUGACCUGGAAAAGGAGGUCCCUGAGGUUGUGGCACAAGAGAUGGUGGAGUCUGGCUUCUUCCAUGAGAGCGAUGCUAAGACUGUGGGAAAGUCGAUCAGGGACCGUGUGGCACUGAUCAAAUGGAGGAGAGAGAGAACAGUUUCUGCUGCAGUUCCAGUGGAACAAGGUGAAGGAGUUCAAAGAGUCCAGAUGACACCAUCUCAGGGCAUCUCUGCUGGGGUUACAAAUGUAGGACAGCCUUUGCUUGAGCCUGAAGAGACAGAGGCGGACCAGCACAACAAGCUGCGUAACCUACCAGCCAGUGCCACCUCAGUGACGUCAGACAGCACACUUGAUAGUGGCAUGGGCUCCACUGUGUACUCAGACUCCCACAGCAGCCAGCAGAGUGUCCUCUACCAGUCCCUGCUGGAGCCUAUUACUAUGGCAACACAGCAGUGCCAGAGCAGUGGCCCUUUUCUCACAGAUCGACCUCACUCCUGUGAAAAGAUUGAAGUACGCGGGGCAACACUGAGCCCAGAGCUCAAGACUUGUUUGGGAGCUGCAGCUCGGAGAGGAAGUGCCCCUGUUAUUGACACUCGCAGGGCAAACAACAUUGCUCAACUCCGUGGCCUCAUUCAGUCACAGAGAUCAAUCAGUCCUACCCCCACGGUACCAGAGAACCAGUUGGAAUCACCCCCCCCUGAGCCUCACCCAGAGACUAAGGAUGGAUUCCCCUCCCACAGUGCUCUGCCAGUACUGCAGGUCCUCCCCUUGCCCCCUGAGUAUCGCCGCUUUAGUGACACAAGCAUCAGACCGUCAUCAGAGGCCAGCAGUGAGAACUUAACAGUGCCUGUGCCAAGUGGACGCAGACACUCUGACCUAAGUAGUCUUCUGAGUCUGACCGCUCAUCAUAACCAACAUUUUGCAAUGCAUAGAGGCCACGUGUGCCAGGCCUGCCUCUCUUUACUUAAUUUAAGGUUACGAGAAGGUAGCCAUCGCCGUCCUUCGGUUGGCAUGCCAACACACCACUGUCCAUGUGACUCUAGACAAAACCCGUCCUCUGGUUAUGGACGGCUGAAAGGUCUGAGUGAUUGUUCAGAUUUCUCACUGCUGCAGCAGUCCCUGUUUAAUAUAAUCAGCCGCAAAGCAGUCCCUUGUCACACCACACCCACCCAAUCCUCCCAGCUACACUCCUCAGCUGCCCACAGGCCCGCCCGCAGUGAUGGAGACGACAGCCUGAAGAGUCAUCUCCUAAGUGGAAGUUUGGUUGGGGACCAAGAGCCCCUCCAGGACUGCGAGGAUAGAUUCUGUGCCAGAGAGCAGCAAGUUACCAGGGCUGUGGGAGUGGCGAGUUCAGCAGGUCACCAGAAUCAACCGUCUGUGCAGGGCCUGCAUUCUUCCAGCACAGCAGUGCACACACCACUGCAGUACCUCCAGCCUGGACACAGCUACCCUGCUGCUCCAUAUGCUGGCCAACACAGUGCUGCAACACCAGCUCCAGCCAGUCUGUGUUCAGUCAGCAUCCAGCAUACACCUCCGAGUGUGCAACAGACUCAAGCUGCAGCAAAUAUUUCAGCAUCAGCUGUGCCACAACAUAUCGCACAGAGCUACCAAGCACCAGGGCACCAACAGCAGCAGGCAGCGAGCUCUUUGCCUUUUCCUUUGAAAGUCCAACAAACUUGUCAACCCCAGGCUCACUCUGUAUCAGGAUAUCCUUCUCCAGCUCAGCAACAGACUGCUGCAGCAGCAGCCACGCUGCCAGCUCAGCAGCCAGCACAAAGCUACCCUCUUGCAUCCAUAGCCCCAACUAUGGCCCAGUGUCAUCCUACACAAGCUCCCAGUGCACUGCAACACGUCAAAGCUGCAGUCAAACUGCCAAGUCAGCAGCCUGGUCAGAGCUCCUCCACACCAGCACUUUACAGCCAAAAGAUACCCAUUCAGCAAGAGCACCAACUCAAUACUCAAUCCAAUAUACAACUAACACAACAUGCUGGGCAGGCUUAUAUUCAGCCUCAACUCCAGCCUAGCCAAGAAACUCUGCAAACCAUACACCAACAAAUGGCACAACAGCCAAUCCACCUUUCUCAAAAUCUUCAGUCUACUGGUCAGCAACAAGUUCACACCCCACCUCUACAGAAGCACAGUCAGAACGCCAUGCAGACAGCAGCGCCACAACAGAGCCAGGAUAUAUCCCAGCAGGUUCAGAUACCAGCUUCUCAGCCUCAUCCAACACCAACCCCAGUUGUGCAGGUUUCAGCCACGCACCAGAGUUACCCUGCUGCAGGUCUACCUGAUGCUGCCUCGCAGAGCUAUGCGCAUCCUGCCCUCAAUGUGCUGCAGCAACAGACUGCUCCAGCUCAGAGCCAGUACCUGUCUGCCCAGCCUACUGCUGCUCCACAGACAUACGGAGGACAACAGUUUCAACCCUAUCUUUGCGUCGCUGCUUUCCUGAAUCAGAGUGUUCCUGCUGGUCCUGGCAUUUCACAGCUUGGACAAGAUGGACAGGGCCAUGGGCAGAAUCUCAGCCAAUCAGCUUUGAGUGCACCAGCCCAGGCACUGGCUCCGCAACAGUCACUGGCUCAGGCUGCUGUCCACCAACAACUCCAACCUCUGCAGAUUUCAAACUCUCUACCACCAACACAUCCAUCCCAGUUUCCUUCACAAUAUCCCACAAUCCAGGUGAUGACAGCUGUGACUGACUGUGAAUCCUCCUACCCUCACUCCUGCUCUGCCCCUCACCCUUCAGCCCCCUCUUCUCUUAAUCACAUCUUUCUCUCUCCUGGACAGACUCUCCCUGUGACCCCCUCUGUCUCCCCACUUUCUCCUCUGCACAUUGAAAAUACAUUAGUUUCACCUGUCUCAGUGUCCCUCAUACCUUCCCCCUCAUCUGUGCUGGGUCAGGUGGGACCAUCAUCCCCACAGCAUCAGCCCAGUGUUAGAUCUGAAGCUUCUCAUUCACAACCUGCAUUAAUAUCAGCACCAACCACCCACCCCAUACACACACACAUUGCCCCGUGCCAGAACACACACCCUCCCACAAAUGGCAGCACUCAGCCUCUGAUACAGCCAGUUCCCCAGCAGGUUACCCAGUCGGUUCCCCAGUUGGUUCCUCAGCUGGUUCCUCAGCCGGUUCCCCAGCAGGUUCCUCAGCAGGUGCAGGUCAGCCAUUCUGAGCUUGCCCCUUCUGCUCAGCCAGUCCAGCCUGCUCAGCUCGCCCAAGCUGCAGUCUUCUCCUCACCUUUGCACAAUGUGUCAGAUCCGGGUGCAGUCACCACUGCUGCCCAGCUGGACAGCAAGAACCCGUGCCAGCUGGCCCCGCAUGCCCAGAGUCAGGUUCAGAGCCAGCUUCCUGUGCUGCAGCCCUCGGACUCUCAGAGAGCGUCAUCUGGGUCUGCCAGCUCCAGUCUGACUCAGCAGAAACAGCUCAGUAGUUUCACCGGAGCUGCAGGUCAGGGUCCAACAGAGACCAACAUGGAGGAUCAAGCUGCAGAGAAACACACUGCAGGACAGAGCUAUGACAGUGUCAACUCUGAUGCCACAUCAGGGAAGGAGAUGAGUGAUGGUUAUGAGGGGACACAUGGAAGUAAAGGCGAAGGGAAAGUCCGCAAACAUCACCGCAGGUCCACACGCACUCGUUCUCGGCAAGAGAAGAUUGGCAGGCCAAAGCUCAACAUGCUCAAUGUAUGCAACACUGGUGAUAAGAUGGUAGAGUGUCAGCUGGAAACUCAUAACCACAAAAUGGUCACUUUCAAGUUUGACCUGGAUGGAGAUGCACCGGAAGAGAUUGCUACAUACAUGGUGGAGAAUGAUUUCAUUCUGCCAUUGGAAAAAGAAGUGUUCAUUGAGCAGCUGAAGGACAUUGUGGACAAGGCUGAGGACAUGCUCAGUGAGGACACGGAGGGUGAGAGGAACUUUGACCAGGGAGGCAGCCCCAAACAGAGUGACGGAGCUGGCGCUCUGGGAGCAGAGGGAUCGAAAGCUUCCACACCCAGCACACCACAGCUGGUGUACCAGCAAAAUGUCCUCCACACUGGCAAGCGCUGGUUUAUCAUCUGCCCUGUGGCUGAGACGCCUCUGUUAGACAAAGAGAAGACUCCAUCUCACACCUCUACUGCCCAAGAAUCUGAAAAGCCUGCCUCGUCGUCAGUUAGGCCCAGCAGCAACACAACUGCAGGGGCUGUCCCGGUUGCAUCUUUAUCCUCCCAAAGCCCGUCCUCCUCCUCCUCCUCCCCUCUGCCCCCUGCAGCUCAGACCUCAGUGCAACCACAAGACCAAAACAUUGACAAAACACGGAUCCAGCAGCCUCAGCCCUGUGUAACUAAACAUACCCUCACUGCUGCCGGCGCCAGCCAUAACAACACCCUUUCUGUGGGGGAGCCUUGCAUCUCUGCUGUCUCUAUGGUAACGGACAUUCCAUGUUGUGCUAUUGUGCCACCUGUCUCUCUGGACGUGAAUGCUAUUGAUAAAGGCGCAGCCAGUAGUUUGACUUCCUCUCAAACCAAAGCUCAGACCAAUCAGAAGGCCAGUCCGACUGGAGAGCUCCCCCCUCAGCUGACCUCCCAUCAGUCUGUGGUCCUGCAGCAGCCCUAUGCCACGCCCAUCCAGCCUGGGACGGUCACCUCCCAGCCCCAGAGUCCAGCACAUCAGGCCGCCCAGAGCUCCCAGUCAUCAAACCAACAGCAGCCAGUGAGUGGGGGUGCGGGUGAGUCAGACAGUGAGGGACCACGCAGGGUGGAGUUUGCAGACCGCACCAUCAAAACUUUGGAUGAGAAGCUGAGAAACCUGUUGUACCAGGAGCAUGCUCCCUCCCAGCCCUCCAGCACUGCAGCUGACCCUCAGGCCCCCAGUUCAGAGGGAGUCAGCUCAACUCCAGUCUCAGACGGCCCGAGCACAGAGGGAGCUCUUUCGAAAAAGAAAGGAGAGCUGCUGCCUCAGAUUCCUGAGCGUACAGAUAGUGUGGGUGCACUAAGUGACUCUGCAGUGGCAGCAAACAGGGUUUUGAACAGAAGAGAUGUGACCGCCAGCUCCGGUUCAUAUACCACCAAAAGCCGUUUUCAAAUCAUCCCCACUCCACCGGAUGUCAUUCGUCGUUUAGAGAAAAGCAGGCCAAGUUGCAGCACUGGCAGUUCUCCAGCACCCUCUAGUGGCUCUGGAGGGUCUCACAGCCAGACACCGGGCCCAGGCAGGAAAGAGAAGCUGUGUGCAGCUGUGGACAGGUCCUCUUUGACAGCUGCAGCUGAUCGUGAGAAUGCAGCAACAUCCAAACCCCACAGCAGUAACCGUUACUCUGCCCCACCAAACUUCUACAAUGCCACACUCAGUUCCAGUCCUGAUAUCACCCCACGCCAUAUCCCCCGGGCCCAGACCAUCGACACUCCGACCCAUCACCACUACCACCACUCUUCUCACCUUUGCUCUGACUCAGCAGAUGAGGACAGCAGCAGCAUGGCGCUUCCUCCCGCCCACCCCGUUCCCCCAGCUCAUGCGCUGUCUGAGCACAGUGGAAGCGACCUCAUGAAGAGGGCAGUGGCCUUCCUGCGGCGCUCUGGUCGGAGCAAAAGUGAGCAGAGCUCUGAUUCACCGAGCCGACAGCCCGUCGCAAUGAAUGGUCACGCUCCUUCGCCUUCUGCAGGACAUGCGCACUCAUCCUACAUCAGCAGUGACAAUGACUCUGAGUUUGAGGAUGCAGAUAUGAAGAAAGAACUGCAGAAGCUCAGAGAAAAACACAUGAAGGAGAUCUCUGAGCUGCAGGCGUUCCAAAGGAAUGAGAUCGAGCGUUUGUACAUGGAGCUGGGCAAAACGCUGCCCCCCAAUGUCGGCCUACUCCAUGCUGCACCCCCAAGUGGCCGCAGGCGCAGGGCCAGCAAGCACAAGCUGAAGGCUGGAAAACUGCUCAAUCCAAUGGUGCAGCAGCUCAAAAACAAUCUUAACACCUCCAUAGAGAGGAAAGGUGAGAGUGCUGCCAGUUCAUCGAGCUCCCCAGCGAAAAGUUCGGUUCUGUCAGAUGGCUCUGCUCACUCCAGUGGCAGCUCCAGCUCCAGCAAUAAGUCCAGCGCCACCCCAGAGCAGGUCCACACCCAGCAACCCUGUUCCUUGAAGGGCUCGUUCUCUUCAGACAACAUCUACUCUGGGCGACAUGGUGAUGGAACGGCUAACCAAGCUGGCCCUGGCCAAGGCUGGACGGUUUACCACCAAACGUCAGAGAGAGUCACCUAUAAAUCUAGUAGCAAACCACGCACUAGAUUCCUCAGUGGACCUGUGUCUCUGUCCAUCUGGUCCACUCUGAAACGACUAUGUCUAGGCAAAGAGCGCAGUAGUAGGUCUUCACUCAACACCACCGCAGCUCAAACAGCCUCCAGUCAGACACAGCCGACACUCACCACAGCCACGCCCGCACCAUCUCCCCAGCCAAUCACGCGGCUUGCUCAGGUCCAGACCAACAACAGCAACAACAAGAGAGGCACGUUCACUGAUGAUCUUCACAAACUGGUAGAUGACUGGACGAAGGAGACUGUUGCAGCAGCCAGUCAGCCGCGCCCCUCCCUCAACCAGAUUAAACAGCAGAGACGCCAGCAGGACCUGGAGGGCAGAGCGCCACCCAUGGGAGCAGCUACACACGAGAUGAAAUGCCAUGUUGGUCUACGCAAGUUCCAGCUGCCUCUUUCUUGCCCCCUGACUGCUGCUUUAGGCCCCGGUAUGCCCACAACCCUAGCUCCCAGCUCCUCAGCAAUGGUCCCUCCUGGAUACCUUUUGCCAUCAGGCUCCUAUGGGGGGAUGGUUCCUGGUCCUCUUUACCCGCAGCAGUGGCCUGGCCUGCCUAGUCCUGUAGGCUCCGUUGGUCCUGUAGGCCUGCUUGGUGCUGCGAGAAUGAUGCCCUACCCCACAAUGGCAACCCCAGGGAUCCAAGCCUACCCGCUGGUCAUGCACGACCCCGAGAAUGGCCCCUGUCCCAAAACCACUAGGACUACCUAACCUGCUAACUAAUAUGUGUUAGUGUGUACAGGCACGAUAGUCAAACUCCACUCCGUUCUGGUUCACCAGAGCCACACGUGUACAUAAUCUGAUCUUGUAAAUAACAUGACGCAAGUGUUGAUAUACUUUAUACAACACCUAUAUCUGUUGUUAAUUUGUGUGUGUGUGUGUGUGUGUGUGUGUGUGUGUGUGUGUGUGUGUG